AUGGUUAUUCUGAAUUCACUUGAACAUGCAGUUGAGCUAUUAAAUCGGCGGAGUACGCUCUAUUCCGAUCGCCCGCCUUUCCCGGUGAUCGGCAAGCUUGUCGGGUGGGACAAACUUGUCGUAUUGACACCCUAUAACGCGCAUUUGCGUGACACUCGCCGGCUAAUGUCGCGCUGGAUGGGUACUCGUAGCCAUGUACUACAUUUCGCACCAAUCAUAGAGCGGGAAGUUACUCGAAUGGUCGCACGUCUCCUGCAUCAGCCAGACAUGGUUGUUCAACUCAUCAGGAAGAUGGCUGCCGCGGUCAUCCUUGACAUCACCUACGGCUACAAGGUACAAGAUCAAGACGAUCCUCUUGUUCGCAUCGUAGAUACUGCUGUGGCACACUUCUCUGAACUGACCACUCCGGGUGCCUGCCUUGCAGAUAUCUUCCCCAUCAUGAAGUAUGUGCCUGCAUGGAUGCCGGGUGCCGGGUGGAAACGGAAGGCUUUGAAGGCUAUACAGGAUACAAAUUCCAUGCUUGAAGUUCCUUAUGCUAUGGUUAAAGAACAAAUGGCUGCCGGCACUGCCGUUCCUAGUUUUACAUCCACUAGUCUAGAGACUGACGAUAACGAGGGGCACCAAUAUGUUGUGAAGACCGCUGCAGGUGUAAUGUAUGCCGCGGGCGCCGAUACUUCCUUGACCACCAUGCUCAGCUUCUUCCUCGCUAUGAUCUGCUACCCAGAGGUGCAGAAGAAGGCCCAGCUAGAAAUUGAAACAGUUAUUGGCACCGAUCGACUUCCCAAUCUGGCUGACAGAGACUCCCUCCCAUUUCUUAAUGCUCUUUGCACUGAGCUCCACCGGUGGAAUCCUGCCGUUCCCCUUGGUGUGACUCAUCGCCUCAUGCAAGACGAUAUAUACGAAGGUUACCAUUUCCCGGAGGGCACAUUGUUCACUGUGAACGCCUGGAAAAUUCUCCAUGAUCCGUCGAAAUAUAAAGAUCCACUGGAAUUCAAUCCUGACCGGUUUGUAGCCUCAGAAGGGAGGGAGCCGGAGUCGGAUCCUCGCAAUGUCAUGUUUGGAUUUGGAAGACGAAUCUGCGCCGGAAUUCAACUCGUGGAUGCAACUUUGUUCACGAUAUGUGCACGAACACUAGCCAUAUACAACCUCUCGAAGCCAAUCGAGAAUGGGAAAGUAAUCGAGCCCAUUAUUGACUAUCAGACCGGUACAAUCAGCCAUCCCCGCCCGUUCAAAUGUGCAAUCAUGCCUCGGUCGACAAAAGCGGAGGCAUUGCUGCGUUCCCUAGAUGCUGAGGCGCUUCAAGAAUGA